AUGCUGGACCUGCUGUCGCCUCUGCGUGGCUACAUCGCGCAGAGUCUCCAGUUCUACUUGAGCAAGUACAUUGAGGACAUCCAGCUGGAGCGACUGGGGCUGUUUGGCGGCGACCUCGUGCUCAAUGACCUCAAAAUCAAGCGCCACGUGCUGCGCGAGAGUCUCGACAUUCCCUCGAGCUUCGACUUCUCGCGUGGCUUCAUCCGAGAGCUGCGGAUCCACAUUCCCUGGACACAGCUGCUGUCUCAUCCUAUUGAGGUGAAGCUCUACACGAUUGAGCUCAUCCUGACGGCCAAGAACGAACAGCCAGAGCAGCGAGCAGCGAGAGGAUCGACGGUGAGCACAGCAGGAGCAGCAGCGGUCGGGAAAAAGGAACAAGAAGAAGAGGAGGAGGAAGAGCGGUCAAAGAUGGAGCAUCCUAAGUCUGGAUGGAUUCACGACACUUUGCAGACGAUAUUGUCCAAUAUUAGCGUCCAGGUGAACAACCUCGUGCUCAAGUACGAGCAUGAUGACAUUGUGUUCUCCAUUGCGCUGGGGACUUUGGACUUUUAUUCUGCAAGUGAGAGUAGCGGGUGGAAACGAUGCUUUGACCAGCUUAAGGGAGAAAAACGCGUGAUCUGUAAAAGUGUUGACGCCAAAGAUGUGACCAUUUUUCUUGAUCGGUACAUGAGUACCAAACAUAGCACGGCGGGAGACCCCGUGCGGCGGAAUGUGAUUGGCUACGAGGUGCCGGUGCUAAGCCGGACGUCGGCUUCGGUCCGAGCCAAGUUGCAGCUCUUCUCUACCACCGCGAGCGGCGGCCAGAAUGAUCGCAGCAAUAGUCCUAUUUUUUCAAGGUCCCCUGUGCACCAACAACGAAGUACGGUGAAUCAUAAUGUUGCUGAAAGCAGCAUGUUUGAUGAAGGCGGAUUGUGUGCAUAUAGACCGUCUGAGCUGUGCGACCCGUUCUACCCUUACUCGUGCCGUCGCUCAUGCGUGACACCCAUGUACGAGGUGGAUGUUUUUAUUGGUAAACUGUCCUUCUCCGUUAGCGACAGCCAACUAGAAAUGCUGAAUCAGCUAAUCAAGAACGCAAGCAGCAAGAUGAAACAGUCUCACGAGCUGCCGUUCCAAGGACGCAGUCCAGAUCACGUACCAAGCGGUGGCAAGAAAGCAAAGCGCCCCUCUGUUUCUCACAUUCCUGCUAUUCCUGUUGUGAAUUCAAGCGGAGGAAAAAAGAUGAACCGCUUUGCUAAGAAGCAAGAGUCAUGGCUCGGCUGGGCGAUAAAUGCUCUAGGUACAGCUGGAGAUGAAAAAGAGGAGGAUGCACUAGUUUCUGAGCUGCUUGCCGAGACAAGAAUGGCCUUGCUUAAGGUACAGCCACCAAGCAACCAGGGUGAUGAGGAUCCACUGGUCAUCAAUGAUGCAGCUACUAAGAUGUUUUGUGUACGGCUGUGCAUCAGCUCGGCAUCUAUGAUGUUGCGGAAGCAUGAAAGUGCGGGUCAAGAAGUGGAGCAUCAAGACUUUGCGACCACCGAAAGCGGAGAAGAGCUUGUUCCGGUAGCAAACCUCGGUAUGGUGAGGGUUAUAGCGCAAAAGACGAGAAGAAAAAUAGCUCGACCAGCCGUGCCUAUUUUGAGCAUACAUCUCAGCUACGUUGCGAUUGAGGCGCUUCUACCACGCAAAGGAGAACAAAAUGGACUCGAUUUGGUGCUCGAAAUUGAUAAGGUCGAGCUGACAUCGGUGACAGUCAGCGAAAAUCGAGAAGAUUUGACAUGUAAAAGAGGGCAGAUCUUGCUCACAUGGGGCUCAACUGAUUCAGUUCACGUCCCCGACUAUGUCUCUCAUCCGUACUUCACCAACUCAUUUUUUGACGAAGAGGCAACACGAUGGAAUCGACGUGAAGAGCGGAGCUCUGAAAUUAUCAAAGUGGGUUUGGAUGCUGGUGUUCCUACUUGGAAAACGUUGGAACCCAGUAGAAACUUGGGGGGACAUUUGGAUCUUCCUUGUGAGUGUUUUACAAUAUGGGAUGGCGAGCGUAUUCCUUGUGUCCCGAUAGCCACUUUGUCAUUAAUUUGUCAUGACACGAUAAGGAUCAUUGGAAUAAAGGAGCGAAUUCUCGACGAAGGCAUAUUAUCAAAUGCCGUAUCCACCGCUUGGGCUUCCCAUGACUGCUCGAUUGUACUUUUAGAUGAAAUGACUCGUUCCCUUGUCUCGAUCGUGAAGGAAUAUCGCGUCUUCCGGAAUCCCGAUGUCGGAGCUCUGGACAAUCUGACCCGUCUACUCCAGCCCCAAUUGAAUUCACUAUUUGCUCGUUACACACUACACUCGUGUUCAGCGUCUUCGCUCUUCUUGUCGUCUGACGGCACCAAUGUUCGAUGCCGGAGUCUUCAUUCGGCACUGCGCCUGCACUUGGCAUUAACGUCAACCUCCACGCAUCGUAACGAACCAUCGGCCAGCAGUCAUACGAACGAGAAAAGGUCUUGUAAGGUGUUGGACGUAUCUAUCGGCGCUGUUCGUGCUAUAUUGGAUCCAUCAAAAUGUUCGGAGAUAUUGGAAGCGCUGUCCAUUAUCGUGCGUGGUAGCGAAGCUAACAAGGGCACGACGGAGACCGCAAAUCCUAGGUCUAUGAUAUCAGACACGCCUCAUGCGGCGCACAGUACUCAGUCUGUCCUGGAAAAGGACGUUAAGUUGGUCACGGUUAGCAGUAUCCAUAUAUGUCUGCCAGAUCACUCUGCAGCAGAAAAGAAGGAAGAUGAGCUGGAAGCUAGUGCUUGUAAUGAUCUGAUUGUUAUCGCGCGCGACUUUGCGUGGUCAGGAGCCAGUAAUCCGGGUCGCAAUGAGCGCUGUCAAUAUCUUGGCACGUUAUCCGUACAUUUGACACGACCAUCGAGUCAACUCACGCCGAUGACGCUUGUAGAAGCACUGGGGUUGAGUUGUUCAGUCAUGAAUAGCUCAGCUGAUGGAGACGUCAAUGUCAGUUUAUGCGCGAAUCUGGCCAAAUUGAAGCUCGGUAUGAGUACGUCUGCCGCGCAGGAUGUUGCGUCAAUGAUAAACAGCAUAGCAAGCCCUUUUGGAUACCCCGUUACGUGGGAACCACUAGUUCUGACGCCGAAAGUGUUGCGAACUGCUUUUCAGAUUGAAGCGUGCGGGGUUGGGGUUUCCGGAGCAGUUUGUAAUCGACCCAGGCUGGUGAUGGCUCAGCGCCAAUCGUUCAGCGCUGGAGCUGCAUCAAUCAGCGCCAAUAUGACAAGGGCAGGACGCAGAAGAGAAGUCAUACUGCAAGGCGGUAUUGCCCCGACAACGGCCGGUACAACGGGGUUGACUACGCCACUAUUGAAGCUUGAUGUUUUGCAAGAUCAGUCAUCGGGUGCACUAAAUGCCUUAUCGCUCCUUCACCCGCUUGGUCUUUUUUCUAUGAUCAAUGGACCUUUUGCAGCAGCUUGUGUGCAUUACCAUCUUGCGAUGAAUGCGCAGCUUGCGCGAGUGUUCGUGGACGUGCAAGGUGUGUUACAGACCGUAGAUGCUACUUUGAGUCUUGUGCAAGGAGUGAAGGCAAAUUUGCCGCCUCAAAAAGAGUUGGGUCCCCAAGGGGAAGACUGCGAACGAAAUGCAAUGGCAAAGGAUGGUUUAGAAAAUGGCUUGGCUGAUUGGAGCUUCAAGAUUAACCUGAAAGCUGCCGGUGCAGACAUACGUUUGAACGAAGCGCUCCAACUGAAGGUGCCAUUACUAUCCGUAUCGUCAGUAAACGUGGACGCAGGACAGCUAGCCCAUGUAAGAGCUGGAGGGGCUCUUAAGGUCGAAUGUGCUAUGAAAGAUGUGACAAUAAGCGCAUCUGAAAAUGGUGUCCUCAAAGACGUGGAAGACUUGAACGUGCUAAGUAUUCAGGGUAUUCAUGUGUCGAUCGACAUUUCGCACAGUCUCGCCGACUGCCGUCACGCGUUCGCGGUGGAUACAACACUUUGCGUAUCAAGUAUUCAGGCAUCGCUGUCUCGAUUGAAGCUUAUGUAUCUCUUAAAGCGUUAUAUCAGUGAGGCUAAAGCAGAGCAAAGGAAUUUGCUGUUUGAUCAAGAUCCAGAGCAGCGAAAGCCUGAUGAAUCCGAGAUUGGUAGCAGAGAAAAUACGUACAGUCAGUGGUAUUGGAGAUUGGGUGCUCAGGUAGACCAUGUCGGUAUUGCAUGCACGGCUGAAAUUAGUCGUCAGUCGGUUCGCCGCAGUCAACGAACCAGGGUGGUUGUGGAUAGCAAGAUAGUAAAUUUUGCUGCGGCUGCCCGUGUUGGCAACCAUCAUCCCGCUCGGAACGACCUCCACCCAGCUACAGGAUGCACGAGCUUUACAGAUUUGCAGGCGACUGUGGGUGAUGUCCAGGUUGUGGAGAAACUCCAAAAUGUGAGGCGCGAGAUUCACACUGCGUUCGGUGAAUUCUCGUGCUUACAAGAGCACGCAUUUCUGGGUAUCUUGGUAUGCCUAGAUUUGUCGGAUUUGCAACGUCUUACCGAGGCCAUAAGUGUGUCAAAUUCUUUCAUAUCGGACCAGCAAUCGCUGCCACUUGCGAUGCUGUCGUGGCAUUUAACAAGCUGCUUGGCUAAGUCAUUCCAUGGAGCACAUGCUAAACAGCUGCGAAGCGAGGCUACAAGAAAGAGCUUCACUGCAGAAAUCCCGCUUAUCAUGUCCUGGAUUGACUCAGCGUUGACAGCUUCCCCUUUCCCGCUGCUUUCGGUAUUUUAUCGCAAUUACAGUGAGGCUGGCCUCCCUCGUCAUGUGUUUGCGGGUUCCGUGGAGAGCGUGGACGCUGCCGUGACAACGUCAAGUCUAUACUGCCUCGCUUCACUAUCGAACGUGGGUGAUGAGUCGGCCAGCUCAUUCAGCUUAAAGAGCAGGACUAGAGUGAGCAAAUUUGAUGAUUCGACCACAAGAGCUCCAUCUCUACCUGAUGCUGUCCCCUGCGUAUCUUUGGCAACCAUAGAAGUGUCUGUUUUGUUUGGUUGCAUUCGCUUGUUCCUCCCAAGUGAAUUUCUCAUGGAUGGUAUUAUGUUAGCACGGCCAGUAUCAGGGAAUGCAUUUGUCGUGUUAGAAUCAUUGUCAGUGGCAUCUGCCGUGCGAAAUAACAUUUCGCUGGAUGGGCUGGGCUACCCUCCGUUCAACUCGAGGGUCUUGCCGAGGCGAGCCACGGUUCAAGCACGGCGGUUUGGCCAGUCACAGCUGCGGAUCGGAUGUCGAGCCGGAAAGAUUACGGGUCACAUUGCUCAGCUGGAGUUUAAUGAGUUCGUCUCUGCUCAUAAAAUGUGCAAUGAGAUAGGCCCAUUCGAAAGACAUAUCGGUGGUGUGGCGGGACGUGUAGCACAUUUCUCAGAUGUGGUGACCUUUUGGUCGCCGCUCAACGUGACAUGCAGUCUCGAAGAAAAAUCUUUUGCCACAAGUGAAGGUGGUGGUACAGGAGUGAAAUUCUUUGCUACUAUUGCAGUGACCAAGUGGAGACUUGACCUUGACAAAGCAGUGUUUGACGUGUUAUUCAAUCGAGUGUCGGGGGUAAGUAGAGGGAUCAGUGAUUUUAUCCGAUCCAUUGUGAGGCCCUCACAGGUAAAGCCAGUGCAGCGUUCACCAUUACAGAAGCGUUCUCCAGCGCUCAAGUACAUGCACAGACUAGAAAUAUCGUUCACGUGCGAUGGGAUCGAGAUGCAUACUUUUGAUUCGGACGGAGCCAUGCAUGUUCGCAUAGGAGCCAUCGCCCUAGCGCACGACAGUUCAACGCUUUCUGGUUGUGCGUCUAUUCAAAAUUUGGUAGUUGGUCACCGAGCAAUGGAAAAUGCACCGAGCUCGACAGACAUUGCGGUUGCAAUCGAGGAAGUGGUUUUUGGUCCAAAUGCCGAGCCAAGCUUGUGGCAUUUGUCUGUGGAAAACUAUCCCGAAAAGCUGGUUGCCGCGAGGUGGAAUUUUGGAGAUUGUUCAGAUGGAACGCUUUUUCUUGAUGUGCAAGCUGUUCAAUUGCACGUAUCGCAUAAAUUCUUGCAAGUGGUAUCUCGCUUUGCUUACUUAGAACCGACUUUUUUGUUUUCGAAACCCUGUCUAGGAAAAAAAAGUAGAGACCAAAUCAGCAUCCCUAGGGAUAACAAGUUCUUUGCUUUCCGUCCGAGAUGGAGUAUUAAGGUGCUUGUAGCUCCAAGUGUGAUAUCGUACCGAGGACAAAUUAGUGCGGGAAGGAGAACGGCUGGCAUUUGGAUGAAGUCCGGCCAAUUGUUUGCGAGCGUGGGUGUUGGUGGUAAUGAUAAGACCCAGGAGUUGUUCCGUUCACUAGAACAAACCGUGGAUGAAAUUACUCGUUUUGUUGCUGUGCCUACACUGGAAAUGAUGAUGAAUAUUGACAAGCUUGGUAUCAACACCUCCAACGACUUGCCUCUCCUGCAGGUACAUUUUCAAAACACGUUAGCCGGUCCCAUUCCCGCACAUACUUUUAGUACUUGGCAGCAGUUUUCGAAAUACAUCAGUGCUGUGUCCGAGACUCAACGGCUGCUAUAUGAAUGUAGUGCUCGGAUAACUGGCGAACAGCAUCAAAUGCUUGAACGAGUGGCGGUUGGGGAAACGGACGUCUAUUUGCUGUAUACUGAUAUGGUCCGGGUAAGUGUCCAGGCCGAAGUGAACGCUCUGCGCGUGAAGAUUUCACCUUUCUCGUUGCGGGCCAUGCGUUACCUGUUGAACCCACUUGCCAUCAGCGACAAUCCAUAUGACAAACGUUUCCAUGACCUACGCGGUGGUAGUAUAGCCGAUUGCGCUAGUCUGUGUGCUAGUCCUCGAAAUACAAUUCAACGUCUACGAGAAUCUUCGGUGGAUGAUUUUAAGAUGUUGAGGCGAGUGGCAGAAGGACGACGACCUUCACCUGGGGAGCUCGUAUUUACGGAGGCUCUUAUGAUCGAGACCGCGAGCGCCGUUAUGGCCAACACGUCUGCGGUUGCUGGUGCAGACAUUCGGAUUCAGGUUGAUUCGAACAAGUUUGGCAUCAAGCUAGCUGAUGUGGUAGCCUACCUCAAGAAGUGCAACGAGCCAUGGAUCAUCGAAGAGCAUGAAACUGGCAGCGAACCGUCUUCGUGCACGGGAUUGGGUCACAAAACACACGGCUGGGCGGGGAUACGCUGGUGCUAUCACAUACCACGUAAGAUUCACAAGGUUGUUGCAAACCCAGUACCUUUUCCUCCUAAUGGAGUCUUAAUGGGAUGGCCGUCGUCAAGCUGGGAUCAGAGUCAAGACGAAGAUGCAGGCAGGCUUUGCGAUAUUCUGUGUCAAUUAAGAUGUUGGGACAGCAAGAAGACUUCUUAUGUCGUCGUGUGCGAAUUUCAUGUUCCCUGGGAAGUUGCGCUGCCAAAUGUAGGUUCUGAUGAGCCAGGAGAUGCCAGUGAACCAGAAACUUUUAUGGAGUUGAUGAAUCAGUGGUUUGACGAUGACAUUGAGAAAGCGCACUAUCGAUCAAAAUUGCUUGAAUUUGGUGCUCGAACGAGGACGUUCUCAUUUGAUAGCAACCUUUCUUCGGACAAUUGGGAACUAAGAUGGAGAGCUCCGCUGCAGUAUGAACAAGAGUUCGAGAACAAGCAGAAGCGUCUCGUGGUAAACGCCUUGCUUGCAUCAUCGCUUCAGGUGCAUUCGGUGUUGACGUGUGACGCCUAUGAGCGCUUAGUAUCGACUGUUACACUUCCACUAAUUACGCUGUCUAUCAGCCAGGUGGGCUCAGGAAACGACUCUCACGAUAUUAUAACUGCCGAGCUUAAUGAUACAGGGCUCUCGUGUGCGACUUCGGGUCGUCUUCACACCAGGACGUUUAAUUUGUGUUUGUCGUCGUCGGUCCAAGCAUACCUUGACAACAUGGCUCAGCUGCUUACUGUAUCGAUUAUUCCGCGAACUUCAGUUGACGCAACAGUCGAGGUAUCUCGAAAGGGCGUUGAGCUUGCCGCCCAGAUUGGUCCAGUCUCCGUCCUUUUAAAUCAGACAACGAUGCUUGUGAUUUCGUCAAUUCCAAAGCUCCUGCAGACGAAUACAACAACUUCUGACGAUGCUCCAGUAAAUGUGGAUAACAAGCUGUGCAAGAUGCGCAUAAGCAUUGUCAAUUGCUCAGGUAUGGAUAUCCGGUAUCGACAAGAAGGAACUCCUGAGUGCUUAUUCUUAGCUGCAGACACCAGUGCAGCAUAUAGCUGGCUCUCCUUGGCAAGUUACCCGUUUUAUGAGCUUAGCUUUGCUGUGGAGAAUACGGGUCAGGAGCCAAUCGAAGCACAUAACAGCCAAGACAAGAAAAGCAAUGGCGAGCAGGCGGUGCACAAUGAUCUUCUCUGGUGCGAUCCAUGCAGGAUCAAAGAAAAUGCUGUAACUGGUCGUUAUUUGGGCGCUCGCGGCUUCUUGUGGGUUUGUGUGGAGCUGAAUGGUUUACAGACGAUAGUAACGCUUCGAUCGUCGCUGACUGUUCAAAAUCGUUGUCACUUUCCGGUGCUGAUCAAAGUGAAUGAGGAAACUCCCACAUUUCAUCCUAGAAGACUUGAGAAGUUCUGUCAAGAGAGCUGCAUUAAGAGUAGUGUAAAGUGUCACUCUAAAUGUACUUCAUUGACGGAUCGGGGUGCACUCUAUCCGUAUCUGCAGAAGCAGAUGACGAUGAGUUGCGGAUUAUGCUGA